AUGAACUCUGAGAAGAAGCCUGAGGGUGAUGAGGAUGAAAAGCCACCCAGCAAUGCACCAGACCCGAGUUGGGUGCUCUGCCCCAGUGCAGACCAUGUGCCCCCACCCCGUGGGCCCGCAGAGCCCUGUCUCCAGGAGACCUGCUCGGGUUCCGGGCAUGGAGACCAGCCAUCCACCAGCAAAAGGGGGUUUGCAGAAUUGUCCCGCCUGGACACUGCUGUGCUGGAGGAAGACAGCAGCAGAUAUGCUUCCAAGAGGAUGAGAUUGGAGGAGGCCGAGUCCCUGACGUGUGCAGAGCCGGGUGUGCAGACAGCCCCAGCCCCAGGGACCAGCCGAGAGGACAGCACCCAGGACCACUUGACUGCAGCCUCAGGUGUCAGCGCUGCUCAGGACACUCUGGAAAUGGAUCCUGAAAGGCAGUCAGCUCUGCAGGGGCCUGUCCUCGCCCCGGAAGGAGACGUCCCUUUCCCUCUGCAGGAGGUCAGCGUGAGCUGCACUGGGGUGAGCCUAGACCCCGCUCCUAGAUGUGACACCUGUGGCCACCUGUUGGCCUCUAGCUCCGACCUGGACAAGCGUGCCGAGUGUCCCCCACAGCUGUCCGUGGAGCAUGCCUGGUGUCACUGUGGUCACAGGGCCGAGAGCUUGGACCUGCAGCUACAGGCCACCCGCACUCACAUGCCCUCCACCUUUUCCUGUGACUUGUGUGGCUUCCAGUGUGCCAAGGAGGGCCUGCUGAGUGCGCACCGCCGCAGCAAGAUGCACCUGCGCCGCCAGGACCUGGCUGCACGCAGAGGCUUCGUGCAGGUGCUCAGUAAGCCAGCCCUGCCCAGGAGGCCCAGUGCCCUGGGUGCGAGGACUGCCCGCCCCAGGCCUAGAGCGUCUAGGGACAGGGACAGCGACAUAAGAGCGCAGCGUGCUGCAGGCGCGGGUGAGGAAGACAGCAGUCACAGUGCCAUUGGGCAGGGUGCCAGUGAGCCACUGCGUGAGAUGUGGCCGUCCAACAUGACUUCUUCACAGCAGCCAGCAGUCCCUAAAGAAAGUGUCACCUCCCUUGGCCAAGCUCAGAAUCCUGAAAGCCCAAGCAAGACCCCGAGCACUUCGAUCCCCUCUGAGAGCCUCUGUCACACGUCGGAAACCGGCGGAAGUGCUGUGCAGACCGCACACAGCCUCACCAGGCCUCGAGCAGAGCGCCUGAUCCUGCUGGGGAAUGGCUUCCGGCGGCGAGGGGGCACCUUGGCCUUGAAAGGUCAGGCCAAGAAAAGGUUCAGUCUCUUGGGAAUGAAUAAAAGAGGCACGAGUGAAACCCAGCGCCUCUAUGUAAAACAUUUCAGAAGACCCACGAGAGUAAGUGAUGUCCAAGUAGCAGCGAAGCAGGCGGGACCGGCCAGCAGUGUCCUGAGCGUGCGUGUGGCCACCGUGGAUGCCCAGGAGCUGAGGCAGGACGCAAGCACUGCUCACCUGAAUGCCGAGCAGCCACUGCCGGACCCCUCCGCACUGUGGACAUGUGCAGACUGUGGUCACACGGCUGCCAGCAGGCCUGAAUGGGACAGCCCUGUGGACAGGUGCCAGGCCAGAGCAGGCCGCAUGCGCUGCCCGACGUGCGCCUCCUCGGCUGCCUCGAGUCAAGACGGCAGCGAGCGUCAGCGCCCGGCUUCCCCGCUCAUCUGCCAUUGCUGCUCCUUUGUCACUGAGACCGAGUCAGUGCUUCAUGGCCACAUGAAGGAGAAGCACGGGCUGGGCUUCCGCUGUGCCCCUUGCGAUCGCUUCUUUGUGACUCUGAAGGACUUGGACACACACAGAACCACGGAGAAGCACCUCAGCCUGUCGGGUCAGCUGCAGACAGCACCAUCUCUCGACAGUGGCCUGGAGCUGCAGACUGGAGCACCAGCUUCUGCAGAGCAAGAGAGCAAGGGAGGUCCCGGAAGCCAGGUGAGGGGUGCAGCUCAGGAUGAAGCCAGGUCCCGGGUGAGCAGUGGCAGUGAAGUAAGGCACUUGGCUUUAGGUAAGCCCCAGUUCCAGUGUAAGAAGUGUUUUUAUAAAACCAGAUCUUCCACGGUCCUCACACGGCACAUAAAGCUUCGGCAUGGCCAGGACUAUCACUUCCUGUGUAAAGCAUGUAACCUUUAUUCACUGAGUAAAGAAGGAAUGGAGAAGCACAUUAAAAGAAGCAAACAUCUUGAAAAUGCUAAGAAAAAUAAUAUUGGCUUAAGCUUUGAAGAAUGCAUUGAAAGAGUAUGUAUAGGUGCAAAUGACAAGAAAGAAGAGGUGUCCAUGCCUGGGAGUGGAAGGACCGAGGGCCAGGGGGAGGGCACAGAGUCCCAGGAGAAGGAAGUGCUGAUCAGUAGGGAGCCAGCGCAGUCUGGGACAACCAAGGAUAAUGGAGUGACUUUGACCAGCACCCCAAAGAGAGGGAGACCCAAGGGUAGUGUCUCGAGGACGUGUUCACACUGUGGCCUCUUGGCCUCUAGUAUCACAAACCUGACUGUCCACAUCAGACGGAAACACAGUCACCAGUACAGCUAUCUCUGCAAAGUGUGCAAGUAUUACACAGUGACCAAGGGGGACAUGGAACGUCACUGCGCCACCAAGAAGCACAAAGGGCGCGUGCAAGUGGAAGCUAGUGGGCAGCGGAGUUCAGACAUUGUUGUCUGCCCUGAGGGGGGCAGUCUGGAAGCCUGCAGAAAGACCACCAACCUGACUGGCACCGGUCCUGAUGAGCAUGCGGCCAAGUCAGCCGCCCCCGGUGUGCCCCUUCCAGCAAAGGUGGGAGUAGACCAUGGAGACCCCGUUCAAGGCCAAGGUGAGAAUGUGUCCCCCCCUGUGGAUGGGGAAGUUAAUAGUCACCUUGCUGAGAAAAGGGAAGAAGUGCCUCUUGAGCCCAAAGACCUGGUCCAGGACGGGGAGGCACGUUCCCAGAGAGAGGUGACAGGGACUAGUGACAAUAAGUGUGCACACUGUGAGUUUCACACACACUCUGCUGCUUCUCUGGAACUUCACGUCAAACGGAAGCACACGAAGGAGUUUGAGUUUUAUUGCAUGGCCUGUGAUUACUAUGCAGUCACUCGGAAGGAGAUGACCAGGCAUGCAGCCACAGAGAAGCACAAAAUCAAAAGGCAGUCUUAUCUGAACUCUGCUGAUGCAGAGACCAUGUCCUCAGAAUUGUCCAGAAGCAUUGUCAUCACUGAAGAGGGGCAGCAGCAAAGUUCUGAAGAGUUCCAGAUUGUCCUGGAGCCUUCGUCAGAAAGCUUCAAGUCCAGAAACGCCACUGAUGGCUCGUCUUCGGAUGCACACACUCACGUCGGUGUGGUCAAAGUGCUCUGUGGCCCUGAGUCAGUAGAAAUUGAGACUGAAGCCGACUCUAAUCUCAGCAAAGAGCAGCCCGUUUGCCCGAUUCUCCGGCUGCCCCUUGUCAAGAAUAAAGUUGUACAGCCUGAGGAUCUUGUGUCCCUAAACCUUUCCUCCUCCCCUAGCUCCCUCAGUGGACUUCAGAAUGUCCACCCAGGAAGCCCGUUGUCCACUCAAGAGGUAGCCAGGGAGAACCGUGUCCCCAGGGCCCAUGGUGAGAGCCAGAGUAGGGGAGCUGGCUCAGGGGAGCACACCAUGAUGGACGUCCCCAGAGAGUUCCUGGCCCAGGUCGGCAGCGAGCAGAGAGCCUUGGGAGCCGUGCCGUCCCCAGGGGGUACCCCUGUUCUGCAGACGGCCGUGCAUCUGGAAGCUGGGGUGGUGGAGGGGGGCCUGACUGCAGACAGUGCUGUGGAAAGCAAUGACGUUUAUGAGACUAUAAUCAGCAUCGAUGACCGAGGGCAGGCACUGGACACUUUCGGCCGCUUUGAUUCCUCCAUCAUUAGGAUAAAGAGCCCCCAGGAAGGUGACCUGAUGGGCCGGCCCGAAGAAGGCCUGGCAGCACCCGGCAUGAGGCUCAGCGAGCUGCCCCCCAAAGAGCCCACGAAUGGCAUGAGGAAGAAGAGGCCGGAUGGUGGCUGUUUUGGAGACUCCACACGGAUCCGUUGUGAUGACUGUGGCUUCUUGGCAGACGGCCUGAGCGGUCUCAAUGUACACAUUGCCAUGAAGCACCCCACCAAAGAGAAGCACUUCCACUGCCUGCUGUGCGGGAAGUCCUUCUACACCGAGAGCAACCUGCACCAGCACCUGGCCAGUGCUGGGCACCUGCGCAAUGAGCAGGCCAGUGUGGAGGAGCUGCCCGAGGGCGGCGCCACCUUCAAGUGCGUCAAGUGCACUGAGCCCUUCGACUCGGAGCAGAGCCUGUUCUUGCACAUCAAAGGCCAGCACGAGGAGCUGCUGCGCGAGGUGAACAAGUACAUCGUCGAGGACACGGAGCAGAUCAACCGUGAGCGGGAGGAGAACCAGGGCAGCGUGUGCAAGUACUGUGGGAAGAUGUGCCGCAGCAGCAACUCCAUGGCCUUCCUUGCCCACAUCCGCACGCACACAGGAUCAAAACCAUUCAAGUGCAAGAUAUGCCAUUUUGCAACAGCUCAGCUUGGAGACGCCAGAAACCAUGUGAAAAGGCACCUUGGGAUGAGAGAGUACAAGUGCCACAUCUGUGGGGUGGCUUUUGUCAUGAAGAAGCACUUGAACACUCAUUUACUUGGCAAACACGGAGUCGGCACCCCGAAAGAAAGGAAGUUCACAUGCCACCUGUGCGACAGGAGCUUCACCGAGAAGUGGGCGCUCAACAACCACAUGAAGCUGCACACAGGCGAGAAGCCGUUCAAGUGCACCUGGCCCACCUGCCACUACUCCUUCCUCACUGCCUCCGCCAUGAAGGACCACUACCGCACCCACACAGGCGAGAAGUCGUUUCUGUGUGACCUAUGUGGCUUCGCUGGCGGGACCCGGCACGCUCUCACCAAGCACCGGAGACAGCACACAGGAGAAAAGCCUUUCAAGUGUGAGGAGUGUAACUUCGCGUCCACCACGCAGUCUCACCUGACUCGACAUAAGCGCGUGCACACUGGAGAGAAGCCCUACAGCUGCCCGUGGUGCGACUACAGGUCAAACUGUGCUGAGAACAUCCGUAAACACAUUCUACACACUGGCAAGCAUGAAGGCGUCAAGAUGUACAACUGCCCCAAGUGCGACUACGGGACCAAUGUCCCCGUGGAGUUCCGGAACCAUCUGAAAGAGCAGCAUCCUGACAUCGAGAACCCAGAUCUGGCAUACCUGCAUGCAGGCAUCGUCUCCAAGUCCUACGAGUGCCGGCUGAAGGGGCAGGGUGCAGCCUUCGUCGAGACGGACAGCCCCUUCACGGCGGCCGCCCUGGCAGAGGAGGCCCCAGUCAGGGACAAGCCCCCACGCAGCAAGCGGCCGGUGGCUCCGGCCCAGCAGGUCCAGCAGGUCAUCAUCAUCCAGGACUAUGAUGGCGAGUUCGCUGUCGACGCCUCGGUGGAGGAGACGGCUGCGGCCACGCUGCAGACCCUGGCGAUGGCCGGCCAGGUGGCACGGGUGCUGCACAUCAGCGAAGACGGCCAGGUCAUUGCCACCAGUCAGAGCGGGGCGCACCUCCCGGAGCAGCUGACCGAGGGUGCAACACAGGUGGUAGUGGUCGGAGGCCCAGUGGACAGCGGCGAGGUGGACGGGCGUCUCCUGCAGCAGGUCAGCAAGCAGGAGCUGGUGAGCCUGUCCGAGGCUGGCCUCACACCCCCGGACUCGUCUGCACUGGACGCCCUGCUGUGCGCCGUGUCCGAGCUGGGGGAGGUGGAGGGGCGGGCAGGCCGCGAGGACAAGGGCCGGUACGGCCACAGGGAUGUGCUGGUCCAGAUGUCCGGCCAGGACGCACUGCCCGCCCCUGCCGGCCCUGGGACACCCGAGCUUCCACUCUUCCCCGACGCACAGAGUGGCCCAGGUGAGCUGGGGCCCGUGGAGGUGGUAACGCAGGUGGUCCGGCCCUCAGCCCUGCUGGCCUCACAGGAGAGGGCCCAGGUGGCCUUUAAGAAGGUUGUCCAGGGUGUGCUGCAGUUCGCCGUGUGUGACCCCUCGGCCGCCGACCAGCUCCUCCAUGAGGGGGUCACGCAGGUCAUUGUCAACGAAGAGGGCGCGGUGCACAUGGUGGCCCGGGAGGGCGCCCCACUCAUCAUGCAGGGGGUGGCUCCACGCGGCCUGCGGGCACCCACCGAGCACUUGGACCUGGUGGAGUCGGAUGGCGAGGUCUCGCAGAUCAUUGUAACAGAAGAGCUUAUCCAGGCCAUGGUCCAGGAGUCAGCCACCGGCUUCGCUGAGGGCGCCACGCAUUACAUCGUCACCGAGCUGCCCCCAGGGGUGCAGGAUGAGGCGGGUGUGUACUCCCACACCGUCAUCGAGGCGGCCGGCUCCCCUGAGGUCCUGCAGGCCGGGGCUGCACUGAGCACAGACGGGGUAGCCCCUGAAGGGCAGGAACAGAUGACCAGCAUGGUCAUCUACACACAGAGCGCGUCCCCGGCUGCAGCCGUCGUCCCGAGCCCAAGAGAGAGCUCUGGACUGCAGGAUGCGUAG